CAAAUCGGAUUUUUCUUCUGCAUGAUAUAUUUGAGAGCUCUGCUGGGCGGGCUUGCUUAUAUCAGACAUAGAUGAACCACGUCGUUCACUCUGAUUUGUCUUGAGGUGGGUUUGGACGUGCCCCUUCGUCUCUGAAGUCCUCACAAGAAGUCCUUACAAGCCCUCGACAUCGUAUUCCGCCCUCAGACACCCAAACCGUUCAUUCUAGACCCAGUGCUUACACGAUCCGAAUGAGUGAUCCGGGAAUCCCAGCGGUAUUUGGGUGAAUGCCCCUGGAUGCUCACCGACGUCUCCGCUGAUCGGCCCGAAUGUCCGACGCUGGAUCACAUGGGGAUUCUCGUCACCUGGAUGACCAUUCACAAGGGAACUGCCGGUGCUAGGACGAUCUUGAGCUAAGCAACUCCAACAUAUCGCUGCGGAGCAAACGAAGUAUAACAUUCUCCGCUGUUGCUCCAGUAGCCAACGUGUUGAGGCUGGCCUUCGGCCUGCUCCGAAUGAUGGAGACCCGACGUUUUCAAACAAGCAAAUUAGAGCAGGGGUCCACCCGGGAAGCGCCAUUCGAUACGAGCCUAUCUCCUUUAUGCGAUUGAUUCGUGAACAAGUCGAAUAAAGUUUGAGCUUCUUUUGCUGGGGCGCGGGUAUCAUCCACGGCUGCGUUUUCAUGUUCUUGAGCUGCUCAGUGCUUCGACAAGAGAAGUUUCAUUCGUUGCCUAUGAGUCGAAACCGGAAAAUUAAGACAAGUAACUCCAUUGCUGAUGUUGGAAUACGGAGUUGAGUCAUGAAUGCCCGCAGCAUGAUUAUUCUCACACCCACGGUUCGAUCGAACACCACGUUGUCGCCAAUGGCUGCUUCGACUGCUCGCGCGUCUGACUCGACCCCUGAGUGCCAGUUAUAGACGCAAGACUUCCGAAGAGGAAAAGAAGAAAUCACACGAGCCACCGAUCUCCACUCGUCAGACGGAGAACACUCGAUCUAUCCCACACCGCGUCUGAUUCGAUUGUCAGCGGCUCCGAUGAGCAUCGACGUAAAAGCCGCAUCGAAUUAACAAACCGAAAGUCUUGUAACCCACGAAACAAUACGCGUCGUUGCAGCCCUCCCCUCGCUCUUUGUACUGCGCCCAUGCCUGACUUGUCCUCGUUCAAGACGAGGCGCUCCGCUCGCAAACUCGGACGCCUUUCGCCCUCUCGCAGUGCAGGCAUUUUCGAAGAGAGGGACCAGCCCCUCCCAAAGACACGGAUCCGCAACUCGUUCGCCAAGACGGACUACUCGCGCACGACGCGCGACGAGAUCCAUUCGCCCAUCUCCCACAUCGAGGCGAGUGUCUGCUGCUUCGUUCUAGGAUCCGCAUGGCUGAUACACGCGCGUCCCAGUCCCAAGAUCUGUACGCGCGCAGCUUCUACCAGGAACACAGACUCAGCGUGGCGAGCGAACGUGACGACGCAGACAGUCAGCACGCCGGCACCGGCGCGAUCUGCAUCCGCUUCCGCGUCGAGUCGGGCCAGGAUUCUGUGUCGCUGCGACAAGGAUUAUGGCAACGCGUCGUGUCGGUGUUGCACCUUUGCACGCGUGCGUCAUCCGGGUCGGGGCACGGCGACGAGAUAGCGAAUAACGUCUGGGUGCACAAGGAAGCGUAGUUGCGAGGCGAGGCGAGGCGAGGCGUGCGAACGAUGCCAGUGGAAAACUAGCGAGUGAGGGAGGAGAGAACGGGUGAAUUGGACGAUGUACUGCGUAUCCGUGUAACUGUAGAAUAAGUACGAGCAUAAUAGUCAAAGCAGCUGGAUGAAAAACGUC